GUUUUUCUUGAAAGUUCCCAAAAAAUAUUUUUAUUUACGUGGUUGCAUUAUCAAAAUCGUUCUCCAAAUAAAGAAAAUAAAUUAAAUAUAAUAUCUAUUUAGAAAAAUGGCUGAAGAAAUCGAUGAAAAUGGUUUCUAUCGCGAAGACUUUAGUACCAAAUCCGAUUGGGAGUCAUUCAAUGCCCAAUUGGGUGAAAUAAUCCAAGAUUGGAAUCUUUCAUCUGCAGACAAAGGUCCACCAUUAACAAAAAAUCAACUUUUCAAUACUCAUUGGAAUAUCAAAACUGAAACACUCAAAUUGGGUAAGAAAGAAUUCACUGUUAGCUAUUAUCAAGCUGAAAUUCCAGAAGAUGAAUUAGAAACAUCUUCGAAUCUCGAUGAACCUCAGAUGUUUUCUGAUUUAAUGAGUUUAGAGAAUACAUUCUGUCCAACUGACACGAAUGACACUCAUCUUUUAGCCAAGUGGUAUGGGUUAAGAAGAUUUGUUUUAGUCGAACAAGCUCAUGGCUACAUCUCGAGCACAAAUGAUUGUAGUUUCUUUUUGAGCUCUGCGAGCGUUGUCGCCGCCGAGACAAACUCGACGGUGCCGAUUUUCAUUCCCGUUUUCAAUCCGGCAUGGAACUUUUUCCUCGGAGUUUGGGUGGGUCAAUCGGUGAGGGUUAAUUUCGAUGUGGUUGCUCUUGAAACGGCUCCUCCUUCUUGCAAGUAUCUUUCUGGAUUGUUGACAAUCUUUAAAGAGAAGCUAAGUGGAGGACCGCACGGUUCGGCUACUGUGUCGGUUCGUCAGACUUAUGCACUUGGCAACAUUACCAAAUACACCAAUCGAAUGAAAGUUCCCUUCUUUGUCAAUCCCAAUUCGGAAUUUGAGUCAACUGUCGACGAGAGUCCAAUGGACGGUACAUAUUUUGUUGCCCUGCCAUAUGGAUAUUUCAGUGAUUCCAAGACUGAAUUGUUAGUUCACUGCUCUUGGCCAGAUAUAGUCGAAAAUGUUGCAAUAGAUACGGCAAACUAUACCGACUUUGUAGCAUCGAAAGCUCACAUGUGGUCUGUUCGGGCUAUGACUAGGGCAAGGAGCUAUUUAUCGAGUGCCCUCGAUGAUUAUUUGUAUCUUCAGAAGAGUCUACAAACAGUAGAGAGUUAUGUCGGUCGUAGUUAUGGUAGCGCAACUGGUGAUGAACCUAAUCCUUUGGAUCAGCUAACCAAGUCCAAGUUUGAUGUGACAGCUUCUCCCUUUCGGAAGUGGUCACCACAAAAGAAACUUGCUGGACCGAUUAAAGACAAUGAGUUGUUGGAGAUGAUAAGUUAUAUUUUUCCGGACAUGCAGCCAGAGGCUUUGUUUCCAUAUUCUAAGAAUGCCAAGAAUAAGUUUGAUCCACUUCGUAUUAAGUCAGCAGGAUCGGAUUCUUUGGUUGUUAGGCUGAGUUGUUUGUUGGCUACGUGCAAUGCACAUUUUGGUGGGAAAGGCGGAAUGGCACAAUUGUGGGCCAAUUUCACAAUGGAACUGCGAUAUCGAUUGGAUAAUUGUUUGCAAAUUCCGGGAGUUGCUCCAGGAUUUCCUGAUAUGCGAACAUGUCUCUUACAUCAAAAGCUUCAAAUGCUUAAUAUUUGUAUGGAAAGACGUCGGAUUCGUGAAUGUGGUUUACCAUUUGCUUCAACCGAGAAAGAAGUUGUUUCAGUUUUGAAUCCGGAAGAAGAUGAAAAUCAAGAAGAUGAAGCAACUGAUGAUGAAUUCUUUGAUUGUUCUGAUGAAGAGUCCACCAGCAGUAGUGGACCAUCGAAACCACAAGGACGAAAAUCAAAAUUAGGUGAAAUGAAACUAAUUGAUUCGGAUGAAUAUUUGUAUGUUCCAGCUACACAGGAACCAGUACCGAAGACUGAAGAUCAGUUAUUGGAUGAUGCUGAAGUUAUGUUGAAAUUAGGACCAGGAUCUGGACUCUCAACUCAAAUGAUGUGUUCAUCUUUGAGAUCUGACAUGGAGAGCUUUAAAGCAGCUAAUCCUAAUGGGAAGAUUGAAGACUUUAUUAGGUGGUACAGUCCACGUGACUGGGAAGAAGAACCUGAUGAGGAUGGCAAUGUAAUUGGAAAACUCAGCACAAGAAUGACAGCUCCGGACAACACUUGGCAAAAUGUUUGGAAACAAGCUCAACCUAUUCCAGCUUAUCGACAGAAACGUCUUUUUGACGAUACCAAUGAAGCCCUCAAGGUCCUUCAUUAUUUGGAAACUCGGUCAAUUGGUGAACUUUACGAGCUGACUGUUGUAACACUCUUACAUUCCGCUGUUCUAAAAUUAAAGGACAUAAUAACCUACUCGAAUAUAUUGGAAGCAUUCAACGAACAAAUUGAAGAAAUCCUCUCCGAUCUAUGUAAACUCUCUCGUGACAAUGAUCAAAUUCCCGAUGGAUCUGUACACGAUUUGCUUAAAAAUAUCCAAAAUCUCGAGACAUCACUGUUUCAGUAUAAGAAUCUUGAAAAACUUUUCCCCCCUCAAAGUCCACCCAAUGAAAAAGAGAAAAAAAUUAUGGUUGAUACUUUGGGUGGUGAUGAGGUUAUACUGCCUGGAGCAUCUAAAAACACCUUUGCACGAAGAAUUCUUGAGAAAUAUCGUUUGGAAGUGGCUACUUCAGACAGUGGAAAGGUCCUUCCGGAUCCAGCUAGCAAAGAAUAUGUCAUUCGUCUUGAAGGUGAAUCCUCAUCUAAUGGACCACAAUUCCUGCGAGCUAUAUCAAGUGGUUCUCGUGUAAGACUUUGUGGAGCAUUUUCUGAAAACACGACCUUCGUCUAAACUUAAAAACUUUCUUUCAAAUUAUUUUUAAUCCUAAAAAAAUGUAUUCUUCUUCCAUGUUUCUUCUCUCAAAACACAAAAACUAUGUAAUGGUGAUUGGUUGGAAAUAAAAAAAAAAAAACUAGA